AUGACUGUCCUGCUGUUGCUGAUCUCUGUGUCUAACAUCCCUCCCCCCGUCUUGUGCCUCCCAGGUGAGAGAAUCCUGGGCUAUGCCGAGGAGCCCUGCUAUCUCUGGUUCGUCAUGGAGUUCUGCGAAGGGGGCGAUCUCAAUCAGUACAUCCUCUCCCGGAGACCGGACCCAGCCACCAACAAGAGCUUCAUGCUCCAGCUGACCAGUGCCAUCGCCUUCCUGCACAAGAACCAUAUUGUGCACAGAGACUUGAAGCCAGACAACAUCCUGAUCACGGAGAAAUCUGGUGCUCCUGUUCUCAAGGUGGCAGACUUUGGACUCAGCAAGGUCUGUGCUGGUCUGACCGCUCGGGGCAAGGAGGGCGGGAACGACAACAAAAAUGUGAAUGUGAACAAGUACUGGCUGUCGUCAGCCUGCGGCUCUGACUUCUACAUGGCCCCCGAGGUCUGGGAGGGGCACUACACAGCCAAGGCGGACAUCUUUGCCCUGGGCAUCAUCAUCUGGGCCAUGAUUGAGAGGAUAACGUUCAUCGACGCAGAGACCAAGAAGGAGCUGCUGGGGACCUACAUCAAGCAGGGGACAGAGAUUGUGCCUGUUGGGGAAGCGCUGCUAGAAAACCCAAAGAUGGAGCUGCAUAUCCCUCAGAAACGCAGGACUUCCAUGUCUGAGGGGAUCAAACAGCUCUUGAAAGACAUGUUGGCUGCUAACCCACAGGAUCGACCUGAUGCCUUCGAGCUUGAAACCAGGAUGGACCAGGUGACAUGUGCUGCUUAAAAUUCAGGGCAAAGUGGUGUCGUGUUUUGCAGUUGGGUUUAUUUACCAGGGACCUACAAUCUCCAUGAUUUACAUGCACAGAGGGAAGCAAAGGAUAAGGGACACAAACUAAACAGAAGAUCGCUCUACAGCCGGAUCCCUGCAGCAGUCAGCUUUUGGUUUUUUGGGGUUUGGUUUUCUUUCUUUUUUUGGCUGCCUGAGACUUAGGAAGAGUGAAGCUAUGCAACCCACUCAGUCACAAGACUGUUGGAGAAAGUCAGGAAGAGUAUACUUCUCUCCCUCCUGCCCUCAGCUCCCCCCUGUUAUUCAGCCAGAAUUCAAAAGGCGUUUCUAGCGAAGACGCGUUUCCAUACGCGGAUCGGGAUUGGAAGCGUAGCAAGGCAAUCGCUGCUACUGGCAAGUACCAGAACCGAAUCAGGAUGUGCACGAGUUUGGUUUUUAAACAUUAACAUUCAUUACCUUGAGGGGGGUGGCGGCUGGGGGAAGAGGAUCACUAGAUUUGCUCUGUAAUUUGGUGGUGGUAGAAAAAAAGACUGAGAGGUCUUUGAAAGUCUGCGUUGCAAACGAAGUCUUGGUUUCCAGUCCAAUGGCUCCUUUCCAGGUAGGCGCUGCCCACCCUGUGAAACAACCGACAGUAGAGCGCAGUAGCCACACGAGACACGAAAGGAGGUUGACUGGGCAAGAUCCUUGUUCCCUUCAGACGUUCUUCCCCCGUAGCACUAGGCAGCCAUGCCCGUUUCUGUAACGGGCACACGGGGAGUCACCGGGUUAAGUUUUCAGGUGACAAACUGAACUGUAGGGAGGAGGACAGAAACAAAGGCAGAAAAGAACAAGUAACCUGAAGUUACUGGGGGCAGCCUUCUUACAGCUAGUUAUUUAUUGUAUGGUUUCCAGUCUCCUGCAUAAAACUGUUAUUCAGCAAAUGGUAAAAACAGCUUUAGGGAGCAAAGACAACACUAUUGUUCAAGCCUGGCCCUGUUGGUAAAGUUUCUCUGCGGCGGAAGGCCGAGAUAAGGAGGUUGGCACAUGAUUAGUCUGUUAAGACUUCAUUUCUUUGCCGACUUGAGCUGCCCUGACCUCCUGGGGCUGACCUAUGCCACGGUCUCAAUCAGUCCUUCGCUUUGCUCGCCGUAAAUACAGUGCAAAGCAUCCUUUUUAGCCCUGCAGUUAAAACCUCUUUUGAACCCGAACGUCUUCCAACCGUAUUAAACGCCGGGUGCUGGUCCAGGAGACACCGGUCACAUUAUUCCAACCAGGCCUCUCUGCCUGAAGUGUUUCAUGCUCGUCGUGGAUCGGUUCCCAGUUAGAAGAGGUCCCUGCUGAUUUCUCAUCCCACAGACCAGAGCUUUACAGCAAUAUGCCCAUUGUUUUUGGGGGGGGAGCUGGGGGCUUCAGUGUUGUCUUUGUCCCUCCCUUGUAACUCUUGUCCACCUGUUGCUGCCCCUUCGUCUGCUCGCUAUUCUGUCCUGUUCCGUAGAAGCCACGAGGGCUGUAGCGAGGUCGGAGAUGGCCCCUAGGGUUUUUACCUCUGUCAGAGCAGGUAGAACCCAACGAUGGUAGAAAAUGUAUCUGGCGCUUUCCUGGAUGUCGUCGGGGAAUAGCAGAGCUGUAGCAUGGAGCAGUAGCUUUUGUGCUUUUCCCUGCAUGAUUCAACAUCUUGUCUUGUGAACAUUUCACUCGGAUCUAGCGACCAACGCAUCGCAAAGCCAGGAAAAAGACCCUGCUCUCUCUGCUCCUCUUUCACCCACUCCCACUCACAUAGAUGCUCCAGUGGGCAGCCACAGCCAGACCUUGGACACAUUAACUUUUUUCCUGGAUGGUUAAUUAUGGCUAUGAAGUUUGGGUUUGGUUGAGUAGACGUAGUAUUGGCAUGUCUGCCUCAGCCACAGAGGACUGUCAGGCCUUUCUAGCUUUGGUUCAGUUUUGCUGGUUGAGUUUGCUGAUCUCCAGCUCACGUAGCAAAAUCUAAGAAGCUUCUCGCAGGUGAAGUUAAAGGGUGGACUUCUGCCCUUCCCAGUACCGAAGGAUCCCUCAAUUUGAGCAGGAAUAUCCAGGCAAUCUGUAGUGGAGCAGGUAUUGAACCAGAGUACCUCAGUUCCUAGGGCAGUGCCCUAAUCUCUGGGUCAUCUUCCCUCCACUUGCAGCCUUUACCAUACUGUGCUGCCAAGUACUAGAACCAUUGCUGGGCCUCCUCGUACCAGUUAUGGUCACACUGGCCUUCCCUGGCAGAAGGAGCCCCGAGAUGGAUAUUCAAGUACUGAAGAAGGUAGCUCCAAGCAGGAGAGCUGCUUUAGCUCACGCGUCUUGCAGAACUUUCUGCUCAACUUGCUUACCCUCUCCAGGGGUAGGUAGUCCUUGUCCACAUGUGCGAGGGGAUGGGAUCUUCAGCAUCCUUUUUGGCAAGUCGGCCACAUACAGCUGAUAGAAAAAGUCACAUUGGCUCCCUUACCCAAAUGCACUGCAGGCCAAAGCCAUCCAGCAGCCACCUGCUCAGCCCCACUGCGAUCCCAAACCGCCUUCAAGCCACACAUCUCCACCUUGGCUUUUGUAUCAUAGAUGUCUUGAAACAGGUUGAUGUUAGCAAGGUCGACCAUAGUGCCUUACAGGAUUUAGAGAAGAGCUCAAACCUUGGAAUAAGUAGGGUGGUUCCCUGGUUAAAAUUUCAAAGCAUCUCCCCUUCCAUUUCCUUCUUGCCGUGGCUUUGCUGCCGAUGGCUCUCUGCCUACCAUGAUCCUAUGGAAGCUGCCCACCGUUUGCAGGUCAUGGUGGCUCACAUCUGGGUCCAUAGGGCCCUGCCUAAACUCCUUGAAGAGGAGCAAUAUCUGAUGAGGAACGGCCCAACCAUGGAGCGAGCAUUGCGGUGCAUGCAGAGCCUUCCAGGGAGGCACAGCUCUUUCCUCUUGCAUGACAACGUGCGUCUGUCAAGCUCCUGUGUCUCACCACUGCUGGCUGAACUUCUCACCCAAGUCUAAGUUGUUGACAUUGGGGUUUGGAGCUGGGGAAUUUCCAGCUUCUGGGAAAAGGAGUCAAGCCUGGGGCUCAGGACACUGCUCUCUGCUGCCCAGGUUCAUGGAAGGGGCUCUCCCAGUUUCCAGCUGGCCACAUUGAAGCUUCAAACCCCAGCACCAAUGGGACCGGUUUUGUUUCCGUGAGCCCUAAGCCUAGCCAGGGAUGGGAGGGCAGGGGCUCCUGCAAGGAAAGCCUGCUGCCGUGGGGGCUUGCGCUGGAGAGCUAGGCUUUUUCCCGACCUGGUGUAGCUCUGUCUCGUGAUAGGCGUGAUUGUAUUCAUUGUUUACUUCCAAAUCUCCUGUUUACAAUGGCAGCGUGGGGGGGGACCCGAAGAGCGCGCUGGUACUGCGCCGGGGUACCACAGCCAGAGAGAUGCCUCAAGGAGGGGAGGAUAGAGAUGACCCUCCCUGGCGAGCCCAACCUAGCUGUCCCCCUUCACCCCCUGCCACUGCGUCCAAGGCCCAGCAGUGCUAGCGACAGAGGCAAUCAUCCCCCACGGUCUUCCUUUACUCCUCAGGAUCCAGCUCCUUGACAUAUCAGGAGGCUCCCCGAGUCUUUCUGGAGCAAUAAUACUUUCCCCAUCGUUGUGAACUCUCCCCCCGGUGCACGUUGUGACUCUUCUCCUCUGUGUGCAGUAUCUAGUCUGGGUUUAAGCCUGCCCAGGCACAGCGGGCUGGAGCCAGGACGCGGUUUAAGGCGAUAGAGGGGGAAACAGGCUGCUGCUGGGUCUCAUUCCCCCCUCCACAUGCACUGCCAAAGCUUCCUCUGGGGAAACAGUCCAGUCAGUUCAUACCCUGCACCGCUGUUGAGGCCCCCACUCUCCAUUCAUUGCCACGCUGCUCUGGACCGGGGUAAGCACCUUUCAGACUUGCCCCCUUUCUCUCCUACCUCCCCAGAGGCCGCGCUAGGCAGCGCUGCCCAGGGUCCUUCUGCCCGGCCCUCCUCUCCAGCCGCAUGCUGCAUCUUGGCGUCGCGUUCGAGCAAACACUGGUCCUUUUAUUCAAGCCACGCAGGUCUACGGCUUGGUGCGGUUGCCGCGUCUUGGAGCUCGCCCCUGUGUUUGUUCCGACGCUUGGCAACACUGGCUUGUGUAGCUGAACAAAGCCAGUUCCUUGGCAUUCAGAUGCAUCCCUUCCUGCUCUAGCGCGAGCCCUGACUACUGCUGGAGCAUCUGGCCGUAGUUCCUAGCAACUGCACAGGCUGUUUUGUUCUCUCCGCUCCGCGGCUAGUCAUUUCCUAUGCAAAUCGGUGCCGUGCCUGCCUGUUAAGUAGGUGGGUCGCCCAGCCCCAUCAUGCAGACCCGAUGACGGCGCGAAAAGCCAGCCUGCCGGCUCUUCUAAAACGCAGCCACUUACCGAGGACUCUCACUGCAUGCGGACACGUGUGUCCAACAGCAUCUCACACCCUCUCUAGAGGCAUUCACUUGCCAAGGGAAGUGCCAUAGGAAGCAGCUUCUAGCUGUCAGGGGACAAACCCUUUUCCUGCAGCUUGUCCAAAUGCUUUCACCCCCAAGGUCUGGCUCCCCGAGGGGGGUAGGACUCCUGGUUGGAGAUUGAAGCACAUCUCUGCCCAACUGGCUAAAAGCAGGAGGCUUAAACCCAGACUCCAAACUCAUGACGCUAGUAAAGAAAUCUGUAUUUUUUUUCUUUUUUUGCACAGAAGCUGGUAAUCUAGGACCUAUGUGUGAACAACUUUAUAUCAAUAUUUUUUGUACUUGGUUUACUCGGGUUGGUAUGAGACGUCGUAUUUAAGUUCUUUGAACACUGUGGAUCCCCUGAUGUGUAUGAAUGGCAGAGGCUUUGUAAAUUAAGAGACGUUUGUGUGAAUAAAGCUAUUGGAUGGGGUGGAAAAGCCAUACAGGAUUUGA